ACCAAUAUAUCUGCUAAAGCUAUCCACAGAUUAGCUGAGUGAAGAAACUCAGGAGAUAAUACUGAAUUGUAUUCAUUGGUCCACUCCGACAGCAAACCCGUCCCAUACUCUAACUACCGGCUGAAUAUCGUUUCGCAGCUAUCCAAACGAUCCGACUCUUCACGCAGUAUUUUGUCUUCUACUAGUUAUCGAGGCCACUGUUUUCUUAUCAGCCAUGUCGGCCAAAGCCAUUUCCGAGCAGACGGGAAAGGAGUUCCUCUAUAAGUACAUCUGUACUUCUGCAGCUGUCCAGAACCGUUUCCGCUAUGCCAAUGUGACAGCGGAGACGGACUUUGAGCGGCUGGCACAGGAUCAUCCCUGGCUCCUCACCGAGCGGCUGGUUGUGAAGCCUGAUCAGCUGAUCAAGCGGAGGGGGAAGCUGGGACUGGUGGGCGUGAACCUGGACCUCCCGGGAGUCCAGCAGUGGCUGAAGACCCGCCUCAUGAGGGAGACUAUGGUGGGAAAAGCAAAGGGCAUACUGAAGAACUUCCUCAUCGAGCCAUUCGUAGCCCACAAGCAGGAAGAGGAGUUCUAUGUGUGUAUCUACGCCACCCGGGAAGGAGACUACGUGUUGUUCCACCACGAAGGAGGGGUGGAUGUUGGGGACGUGGAUGCGAAGGCCAGUAAGCUGCUGGUAGGAGUGGAUGAGAAGCUGACCGAAGAAGCGGUGAAGAAACAGCUCCUGACACACGUCACUGCAGACAAAACAGCUGUCCUGGCCAGCUUCAUCGUUGGACUCUUCAACCUGUACGAAGACCUGUACUUUACCUACCUGGAGAUCAACCCCCUGGUGGUUACAAAGGAUGGUGUGUUUGUUUUGGACAUGGCGGCUAAGAUCGAUGCCACGGCUGACUACCUCUGUAAGGCCAAGUGGGGUGACGUGGAGUUCCCUCCGCCCUUCGGCAGAGAGGCCUACCCAGAGGAGGCCUAUAUUGCAGACCUGGAUGCCAAGAGCGGAGCCAGUCUUAAACUAACACUGCUCAACCCCCGAGGCAGGAUCUGGACCAUGGUGGCAGGAGGCGGGGCCUCGGUCGUCUACAGUGACACCAUCUGUGACCUGGGCGGGGUGGACGAGCUGGCCAAUUACGGGGAGUAUUCCGGCGCGCCUAGCGAACAGCAGACCUAUGACUACGCCAAGACCAUCCUGUCCCUGAUGACCCGUGAGAAACACCCGGAAGGGAAGGUCCUCAUCAUUGGAGGAAGCAUUGCCAACUUCACUAAUGUCGCAGCCACGUUUAAGGGAAUUGUCAGGGCCAUCAGAGACUAUCAGGGCCCCAUAAAGGAACAUGAGAUCACCAUCUUUGUCCGCCGUGGAGGCCCCAACUACCAGGAGGGCCUCCGGGUGAUGGGAGAAGUGGGAAAGACCACUGGCAUUCCAAUCCAUGUCUUCGGCACGGAGACCCACAUGACUGCAAUUGUGGGCAUGGCACUAGGCCACCGACCAAUCCCCAAAGAGCCUCCUGCAGCCGCCCACACCGCCAACUUCCUGCUCAACUCCAAUGCCGGUUCAUUGACCCCCGCCUCCAGCAGGACAGCAUCCUUCUCUGAGAACAAGGCAGGCCAGGAAGUGUCUCCAGCCAAGAAGGCCAAGUCAGGGAUCCCUCCAGGCCAACAGGCAUCAUCAGACAGUCCAGGAGUCAAGGCGACCACCCUCUUCACCAAGCAAACCAAGUCCAUAGUGUGGGGCAUGCAGACGCGGGCAGUGCAGGGCAUGCUGGACUUUGACUACGUGUGCUCCAGGGAUGAGCCCUCUGUGGCUGCCAUGGUCUACCCAUUCACCGGGGACCACAAGCAGAAGUUUUACUGGGGACAUAAGGAGAUCCUGCUGCCGGUUUAUAAGAACAUGUCGGACGCCAUGAAGAAGCACCCGGAUGUGGACGUGCUCAUCAGCUUCGCCUCGCUCCGCUCCGCCUUCGACAGCACCAUGGAGACCAUGCAGUACCCUCAGAUCCACACCGUCGCCAUCAUUGCUGAGGGCAUCCCUGAAGCCCAGACCAGGAAGAUCAUCAAGAGGGCGGAUGAGAAAGGCGUCACGAUCAUCGGCCCGGCAACCGUUGGAGGGAUCAAGCCUGGUUGUUUUAAGAUUGGGAACACAGGGGGCAUGUUGGAUAACAUCCUGGCCUCCAAGCUGUACCGUCCAGGGAGUGUGGCCUAUGUCUCCCGAUCUGGAGGAAUGUCCAACGAGCUCAACAACAUCAUCUCCCGCACCACAGAUGGCGUCUACGAGGGAGUGGCCAUUGGGGGGGAUAGAUACCCAGGGUCAAUCUACACAGACCAUGUGCUGAGGUACCAGGACACUCCUGGGGUCCAGAUGAUCGUAAUGCUGGGAGAGAUUGGCGGCACGGAGGAGUAUAAGAUCUGUCAGGCCAUUAAGUCGGGCAGGAUCACCAAGCCCAUGGUAGCUUGGUGCAUAGGGACCUGUGCCACCAUGUUCUCCUCAGAGGUCCAGUUCGGCCAUGCUGGAGCUUGUGCCAACCAGGCCUCGGAGACCGCCGUGGCCAAGAACCAGGCCCUGAAGGAGGCAGGAGCCUUCGUACCCAAGAGCUUUGACGAGCUUGGAGACGUCAUCGGGUCAGUGUAUGAUGACCUUGUUGGCAAGGGAAUCAUUGUUCCAGCUAAGGAGGUCCCCCCUCCCACGGUCCCAAUGGACUACUCCUGGGCCCGGGAGCUUGGUCUGAUCCGUAAACCGGCUUCCUUCAUGACCAGUAUCUGUGAUGAGAGGGGCCAGGAGCUGAUCUACGCUGGUAUGCCCAUUACUGAGGUGUUUAAGUCUGAGAUGGGCCUGGGAGGAACCCUGGGGCUACUCUGGUUCCAGAGAAGGCUUCCCAGUUAUGCUGCCAAGUUCAUUGAGAUGUGCCUGAUGGUGACUGCCGACCACGGCCCUGCCGUCUCUGGUGCCCACAACACCAUCGUCUGUGCCCGCGCUGGCAAGGACCUCAUCUCCAGCCUCACCUCUGGCCUCCUCACCAUUGGGGACCGUUUCGGAGGGGCACUGGACGCUGCCGCCAAGCAGUUCAGCAAGGCGUUUGACAGCGGCAUGCUGCCCAUGGAGUUUGUCAACAAGAUGAAGAAAGAGGGCAACCUGAUCAUGGGCAUCGGUCACAGGGUCAAAUCGAUCAACAACCCAGACAUGCGUGUGCAGAUCCUCAAGGACUUUGUGAAGAAGAACUUCCCCUCCACCCAGCUGUUGGACUACGCCAUGGAUGUGGAGAAGAUCACCACCGCCAAGAAACCCAACCUGAUCCUGAACGUGGACGGAUUCAUUGGCGUUGCCUUCGUGGAUCUGCUCAGGACCUGUGGUGGAUUUACACGGGAUGAGGCCGAUGAGUUUGUGGAGAUCGGAGCACUGAACGGGAUCUUUGUCCUGGGGCGGAGCAUGGGCUUCAUUGGACAUUACUUGGAUCAGAAGAGACUGAAGCAGGGCCUGUACCGACACCCGUGGGAUGACAUCUCCUACGUUCUCCCGGAACACAUGUCCAUGUAACCAUGGAAACCAGGCCACGGACACCCCCUCCAUUUCCCACCACACCCCGACCUCCGGCCCCCAACCCACCUCUACUGUGUUCAGUCAGCGGAGAAUUAAAAACAGGAGGGGAUAUCGUAAUAGAUGUGACUUUUCAACAAUAAUUAGGAAGCCUUUUCAAAUUGAAUCCAGGUUCAGUAAAAAAAAAAAAAAUAUUCUAAACAAAGUUUGCCAAUCAGAUGUGCUGCAACCUCGUUAACGUUUGGAAGACCUGCAAAACUGUGACGCCACACUCAGACAUGUUGCUUGUGUCUGACACGGCUGCAGAGUAAAAGCAAGAUGGCAGAGAAAGCGAAAGGCUCAUUCAUUAGUUAACCCUGCAGUGUUGGAAGACCUGUGCGGUCUUCUGGCCGUGAGUAUCUGGGUUACAGAUUGACUGGCCUUCUAUUUACUGCGAACGCCUCUGCUAUUACUGACUACUACUACUUGUGUCCUACUGUCAUGACCGUGGUGAAGUGAUUUGACGCUGUGUCUCAGAGUCUCAUCUCACUGCAAUCCAAGCAUGUGUCAAUUGAUCAGACUGUUCCCGAGUGUCUCUGUGCGGUUAUCUUUCUUGAAUGUUUCAGUGCCAUAUUGAAUUGAUGCGCUUGCUAUCAGGGGUGAGUUGUAGUGCAAUAAUACUAGCUAUUGCUUUACUGAUACAUAGAUUAUAGCUUUAUUUAUUACUGUAUGUAUUAACAGGCAGAGUAAAUCAGUGUGAUGAGAAUGUAUUAGAUAGUAAUCGGCAUUCUGGUGUACUGUUAAUAACCAUGAAAUGGCUGUGUUGUCCAAUGGAGAUGUUGACGGAGAGACAAACUGACCAAGCACCUUAGUCUGCAGGAGGCUGCAGUUUAAUGCUCUCCUUGGGUCCAAAACCGCACCCAGGGCAGCAAAGGGAUUAUACUCGUUAUUAUUUUUCUGAUGUUACUAAUCAUUAGGUAAUCUCUAUUGUCACCUGCACUUGUUAUGUGAGAUUUACUGUGUAAGAUUUGUCUGUUAUACUUGUGUAGUUGGUAUUUUUUAAACUUUGUUCAAAUGUUAUGUGAAUUGAAUGUGCCUCUGUAGAAAUAAUACGUAUUUUUAGAACUAUGUAACUCAGUAUAUUAAAUACAUCCUAUUA